CCCAGGGCUGGGUCUCCUCUGCCCUCCUCUGCCUGAGCAGCCAUUCUGGGAAGAUGCCACCAGUCCUGAUUCUCCUGACCUUUCUCCUGCCACUUGGAGCUGGUGCAGAGAAGAUCAUUGGAGGCCACGAGGUCACACCCUACUCGCGCCCCUACAUGGCACAUGUUACAUCUCUGAGAGAUAAUGGGGGCAACACAACCUGCGGAGGCUUCCUGGUUCAAAACAACUUCGUGCUGACAGCUGCUCACUGCAGGGGAAGCAAAAUGACAGUCGUGCUGGGGGCCCACAACAUCAAGAAACAUGAGAAGACGCAGCAGGUCAUCCCUGUGGAAAAAGCCAUUCCCCACCCGGACUAUAAUUCUAAGGUCUUCUACAAUGAUAUCAUGCUGUUAAAGCUGAAGAGAAAGGCCAAGAUGACUAGAGAGGUGAAUCCCCUCAACCUGCCCAGGUGCAAUGCCCAUGUGAAGCCCAGGGAUGUGUGCUCUGUGGCUGGUUGGGGAUGGACAGAGCCAAAGGGCAAAGCAUCAGAGACACUACGAGAGGUGGAGCUGACAGUACAGAAGGAUCAGGAGUGUGAGUCCCGCUUUCCAGAUUCUUACGAGAAAACCAUUGAGAUAUGUGCAGGGGACCCAAAAAUCAAGAAUGCUUCCUUUAGGGGGGAUUCUGGAGGGCCUCUCGUGUGCAACAAAGUGGCCGCAGGCAUCGUCUCCUAUGGGAAAGGAGAUGGUUCACCUCCGCGGGUCUACACCAGAGUCUCAAGUUUCCUAUCCUGGAUAAAGAAGACGAUGAAACGCAGCUAACUACAAGAAGCAGACUGGCUCCCUUUCUGCCUAGCCAUCUUCCCUACAGUUGAGUCCUGGAUUGCUCUAGGCCAGAUGCCAGCAACUUAAUA